UAUUGUUUUCGUGAAAGAAUUGGGUUAAAUUUAUGAACCGAUUUUUAGACUAUGAAAGCUGUGAAGGUCGUCCUUCUCUGUGACGAUAAAAAUAUCAAUCAAAUUUCCAUUCACAGUAGGCGUCUGCCCCCGAAAACCAUUUCCUGUCAGAUUGAUUUUGCACGAGUAAAAAGAAAAACACAAAACAGCCACCAGUUGCUAUUUUAUUUUGCCUUUUUGCGGUGCCAAUUGCCCCAAAUGUGUUCACAGUUUCGUUAGCAGGACAACCAUCGGAGCGCCAAUUUCCCAGCCCUCCAUAGUUUCCAUGGAUUGUUUGGGAAAAUAAUUCAGCCUAGAAAAUUUUCACUGUUCGAUUGGAAUUCACUGUGACUGGGUGUGUCCGUGCCAAGCCCCAGAAUGGAUCAAAUCGUUGAGGAAAGUGGAGAGGAUUCGCAGGCACCGGAAUCCACAUUUGAAGAUGACCUUAUUCCGAAGGAGAUCAACGAUGAGUUUUUUGAGGAGAUCUGCGCCAAAGCAAAUCUGACCGUAAAAGAUCUGCAGGGGAACCAGCAGUAUGGACUGGCCGAGGAUUUUCAGAAAUUGUUGUUAACCAGCCAGCAGCUUCGACAACAGUUGCUGGAUGAGCAACAGAAGAUCGAAAACAUGCAGGGGGAAGUGGCGGCCGCAGCCGGGAGAGUGGCGCAGGCCGUUUCGAUUUCCCAGCGGGAUCAGGAUAUGAUUCAGACGUUGAAAAUGGAAAUCCAGGAUGCAUGGAAACGAGCGGAUGCGGCACAAACGCGCGAACAAACCGCCCAGGAAGCAAUGAAUCAGAUGAGAGAGAAACUGGAGAAAUUGGUUGCCGUGUCGGAUCGACAUGGCGAUAAGGAUGAUGAAGUUGGCACUGCCAUGGGUAAACACAAGGAGAGCAUCCUCCGGGAACGCGAUCGUCUUUUCGCAGAAGUUGAAGAAUUAAAUCGUCGUCUUCACACGCAACGUGUGUACACCGAGGAGUUGGAAGCAAAAUGUUCCGAUACGGAAGCGAAGGUUAAGGAGCUGUACAAGGUGUUGGAUGAAACGUCGAACGAAGCCUUCCGUGACAAGCGUAUGUUGGAGAAUCUGCACAUUCAGCACGCUGAAGUGACCGCAGAGCUAGCCACUGUAACCGAAGAUGCCAAUCGUUUCAAGGUACAAGCCGAGGCAAGUCACAAAACUACGGUUCAGCAGGGCAUGCAGAUGGCAGCGAUUAGAACCACCCUGGAACGGCUGACGACGAGUAACAAUCUGCUGCAGGUGAAACUGGCGAAGGCUCAGGGGGACUUUGAAAACAUGGUUCAGCUGAAGGAAAAGGUCACCAACGAACUAAACACCAAGGUUAACAUACUGAAGUUGAAGGAGGACGAAAACAACAAGUUCCGACUUGAGAAUGCUAAAUUGACUAAGAGUAAGGAGUUGCUCCAGAAAAAGAUUCUAACUGUCGAAACGGCCAAAAGUGCGGUUGAUCAGGAGGUAACAAAACACAAAAAUACCAUCGUUACUUUCGAGAAGGAACGCGACGCCACUAAGAAGGCUUUCGAUAUCGCCAGAAAGCAGACGGAUUCCGUUCUUCGGGAACGUGAUCUGACUCGGAAGGAGCUUACCAAAGCCAACAAGAUAACUUCGGACCUGAUGGAUCAGAUUAUGCUACUGGAAAAGCAACAGAAAACACUGGACAACGAAAUCAAGGGACAUCAGGCGGCAGCCCAGAAGCAGAGUAUGCUGAUGAUGAAAAUCGAGAAAGAUCGCGACCGGAACGCCGAAGAAGUCCAAAACCUGACCGACAAGCUGGAGCAGAUGAGCGAGGAUCUUCUGUACCGGCAAAAUCAGAUCGUCGAGCUUCGGGAGAAGUUGAAGGAAACCGAAUCCAGACUGUUCCAGUGUCAGAACUCGCUGGAGCUAACUAGAAGUGAAAGAAACGUUUUUGAGCGUGAUUUGGGCAUUUGUAUGAAGGAGAAUGAUAGCUUGAAGGAUCGACUGAAGACUUCGGUGCAUUCCGUUGAUCAGUUAAAGGAUGAGAAUACAACCAAGGUGGCGGAACUGUUCAAGGCAAACAAGACAAUUGAUCGGCUUGAGAAGGACAAACAAUCACUGAAAACGGAGUGGCAGAACAUAUCAACUACGUUGCAGCAUACGAAAUCGGAACUGAACGAGAACAUGAUGGAGAACGCUCGAUUGAACAAGACACUGACGGAGGAUGCGGCAAGCAUGAUGCGAUUGAAAAAGCAGCUCGAUGGAACGAUCAACGAGAAAGAUUUGAUUAAAAUGCAGUUAACACAACGAGUGGACGAGAUCAACAAUCUGACGGAAAAACAGAACAUGUUGAAUAUGGCUUUGGAUCGAGGAGAAAGCCAGUACAGAGACCGUCUAGACGACAUUCGGUUGUUGAAGAUUGAAAUCAGCAAUCUGCGAUCUCAAAGGAACUUACUGGCAAGGGGGCUGGCAAAUACUGCCGAUAUGCGACAGGAAGUGCUUCAACUUAACCGAGUACUGAACCAGGAACGGGUUAAGGCGAGAGCUCUGGAGGAUGAAAUGUUAACACCGAUGAACAUACAUCGGUGGCGCAAGCUCAGCGGCAAGGACCCGGAGAAAAUGGAUUUGAUUGUGAAAGUACAAACACUGCAACGGCGGGUUCUGUACCAGUCGGUUACGGUGUCGGAACAGGAAAAGACCAUCAAAGAAUCGGAGAAAGUUUACGGUGAACUGAAGGAGGUGGUCGAGAAGUUGCCCCACCAGAAAAUGAAGGAACAACUUUGUGCCACGCAAAGAGCCCUGACAGCCAGAACCAAAAAGUUGAAGGCACUAUCAGCAGAGAUCCGAAUCAAGGAAAGUGACAGCAAAAGCCAAGAGUGUCUGGUGGAUGAACUGAAGAAAUCGCUGCUGGAGACAAAAAAAGAGUUGGUCAAUGAGAAACGAGAAAAACAGAAACUAGCGGAAUCCGUCCGUAAUGUUUUGAUUCCGGCGAACGGCAUUGGCCGCUCGCAGUCGCAUCAUCAUCACGAUAAGGUGAUCGUCAUCCAGCAGCGAGACAGUCGGAGUGGCGGAUAUCGCAUGCUGGGAUCCGGGUUCAAAGUUAUCUGCUAGGUGAUUUUUUGCUUGACAGUGCUGACGCGAUUCCGGUGCGUGAAGUAUAGGGUCUAUUUGUGUGACAAAUAAAUAUU